AAGGAAACAGUGGAGAAGUCGGCGCCGAGGGCUGGACCGACGCGGGACACGUCCGACGACCCUUUGAGAAAAAGAAACCGCCGACGAUUACAAAACAUCUGGCGAGAGAAACAAAUCGAACUCUCCCAAAUUCAUUUUCGAGCAGGAGGAAGAAGUCGGCAGUGGCUUUGCCACCUCUGAGACCCCCAGAAACCGACAUCGAUUAAUUCGCCGGCUCCUCAGCUUCGCCUACCCUCAGCUGCACCUCCCUCCGGCUGAAGCGGAUUCUGAGUUGUGGCACACUCGCUGAUGCUGUGACCAGGGCGGAGGUAUCCACAGUCGAUGGGACGACGAGCGGUGGGGGGAGGUUAAGCCUUCAAUUGCGGAGAUAGAGAAGCCAGAGGGUUGGUUUGGAUUGGGGUUAAGCCAGCUUCAGUCCGCCGAGCCCUUCUCCUGGUGACAUUACUUUUUUAAUUAUUGAUUAAGGGUUUUCGGGUUGGUGGGUAUAGAAUUAGGGCUGUCCGGUUCAAUUGAGUUUGGUUAUCAAUUUUUGUAUUAAUAUUUUAAGUGAUGUGACUUGCUGACUGGACGAAACUAACAGUUUUUUGGAUGGAGAUAGACGGAUAAUCAUUUCAUUAUUCUCUCAAAUGUAUGUGUCUAAAAUGUGCAAAAUGAAAGGUUUGUGACCGUUUUGUACAAAGUGAAUAGUUUUGUGACUUUUUAUGCUAAUUACCCAUGAACGAAAUAAACCGGUUUGAAACCUCGCUCACAAGUCACCACUGUCCACAACCUCGCGAGAAAAAAGAAAACAACUUGAAAAAGAAUAACUAAGCGCAGACGGGAAAAAGGGUGCGAGCAGAGCAGAAAGAUAAAUUGAUGGGGUCUUCUCCAAUCUCCCCUAUUCGCCUCUCUCUUUUCCGUUUCUCCGCCAUAGUUUCUCUCCUUCCUUCCUCACUUCCCAAACAAACCGGCUGUUCGCCAGUUUUACAGCGCAGAGCAGAAAGAAGAAGCGAAAAGCUGGACAGAUUCAAUGAACCGUCGCCUCCCUUCAUUUUCACUCUCUAGCUGGUUUCCCUCAACACCGCUGCUCCGUUCGUAGCUACUGCGAUCUCAGCCCGCGGCGAAAUCCCCAGCUCCGUCUCGCCCUUCCCUUCCUCAUGGAUACGCCUACGCCGCCGACGGAAGAGCUUCUCCGGAAGAUUCAGGAGCUGGAAGCCGGUCAAGCUGAGCUCCAACAGGAGAUGACGAAGCUUAAGCUCUCUUCCGAUCCAAAAUCUGAGAAUCUUAUCCUUCACCAGCAACAGCAGCAGCACCAUCACCACCACCAUCUUCACCACCAUCCUCGCUCCCAGUCAAUCUCGCCUCAGCGUCCUGGGACUAGAAGGAGCUUCGACAGGGCUGCGUCUAUGAAGAUGACCUCGCCGCCGUUUAGGCAUUCGUCUCCCUUGCAGAGAGAGUCUCGCCGUCCGAAAAGCGGUCCCAAUAGGAUUAAUGUUGGCCAAGAUGUCGGCGGCGGUGGAGAGAGUGCCGGUCCGUCGGCUAUUAAGUUUACUGAUAAGCAGUACUUGAACAUAUUGCAGUCCAUGGGGCAGUCCAUUCAUAUUUUCGAACCUGACGGCCGUCUUAUCUACUGGAAUCGAAGGGCUGAGAAACUGUUUGGCUGGACUGCGGCAGAAGCUCUAGGUCAGUACAACAUUGACCUGCUUGUAGAUCCUAGAGACGCCAUGCUUGCGCAGACCAUUAUGGAUCGCAACGGUGUGGGAGAGAGCUGGACUGGACAGUUCCCUGUGAAAAACAAGAUGGGUGAUAGGUUUACAAUUGUGGCCACCAAUACCCCUUUCUACGACGACAACGGCGAUUUGAUUGGAAUUAUAUGUGUAUCAAACGAUUCACGGCCAUUCCAAGAAGUGAUCGUCGAUUUAUCUGGUCCGAAGAGUUCAGAAGCAGACUCAAGUUCUACCCGUGCUUGUGUUAGAAGCAGCACCAGUGUCUCUGCUAAGCUUGGGCUCGAUUCCCAGCAGCCUCUGCAAGCAGCAAUUGCGUCUAAGAUAUCAAACUUGGCUACCAAAGUGAGCAACAAGGUGAAGUCGAAGAUUCGAACUGGAGAGAACAAUGUUGAUCAUCGUGAAGGUGUUAGUGGAGAUAGCCAUCAUUUUGAUCAUGGUCAUGGCUUCCAGGAAGUAGUAGCAGACCAUAGGGAUGAUGAAAACUCUAGUGGUGCUAGUACCCCCAUAGCCAGUACACCGAGGGGAGAUUUUCAUCCAUCUCCUUUUGUUGUUUCACAUUAUGGUGACGAGAGUGAUGGGAAACCUCCAAUCCACAAGAUUAUCACUUCGAAGGCAGAAGCUUGGAUGGGUAAAAAAGGAAUAUCGUGGCCAUGGAAAGGGAACGAAAGGGAAGUUUCAGAGUCAAGACCCACCAAAUUUGUUUGGCCUUGGUUGCAGAAUGAUCAGGAGGGUGAAAAGAGUCCCUCUUAUGGUGGUACCAAAACCGAGAGUUACUUUAAUGAAGGUACUAAUCGCCAUGGCAUUAGUGAGGCAUCUGGGUCAUGGUCAUCCUCUGCAAAUGUUAACAGCACGGGCAGUGUCAGCAGUUGUGGUAGCACAAGCAGUACUGUUAAUAGGUUAGAUAUGGAAAGUGACUGCUUAGAUUCUGAAAUACUGUGGGAAGAUUUGACCAUCGGGGAACAAAUUGGACAAGGAUCUUGUGGGACUGUCUAUCAUGCCCUGUGGUAUGGAUCAGACGUUGCAGUCAAGGUAUUCUCCAAGCAAGAGUAUUCAGAUGAUGUGAUACUUUCAUUUAGGCAAGAGGUAUCCCUUAUGAAAAGACUUCGCCAUCCCAAUGUGCUGCUCUUUAUGGGCGCCGUGACCUCACCUCAGCGUCUCUGUAUCGUUACAGAGUUCCUUCCUCGUGGAAGUUUGUUCCGUUUGAUCCAAAGGAACACGGCUAAACUAGAGUGGAGACGGAGAGUACACAUGGCUUUGGAUAUUGCAAGGGGUAUGAAUUAUCUUCAUCAUUUCAACCCACCUAUAGUUCAUCGUGACUUGAAGUCUUCUAAUCUUCUAGUUGAUAAGAAUUGGACGGUAAAGGUUGGUGAUUUUGGGCUAUCUCGUCUAAAGCAUGACACAUUUCUGACAACCAAGUCCGGGAAAGGCACACCUCAAUGGAUGGCGCCAGAAGUUCUCCGCAACGAACCCUCCGAUGAGAAGUCUGACAUAUACAGCUUCGGAGUGGUACUGUGGGAACUUGCGACCGAGAAGAUUCCUUGGGAUAAUCUCAACUCAAUGCAGGUAAUUGGUGCCGUGGGAUUCAUGAACCAACGGUUAGAAAUACCAAAAGACCUAGAUCCCCGUUGGGCCUCUAUAAUUGAGAGCUGCUGGCUCAGUGAUCCAGCCAGCCGCCCGUCGUUCCAAGAACUCCUGGAAAAGCUGAGGGACCUUCAGAGGCAGUACACCAUGCAGCUCCAGGCGGCCCGUUCUUCCGCAGCAGCUGGAGAGCAUCACACCACCAUCCUCCACAAGGAAAGAUAGCCACGCCAAGCCAACUGCGUGGCGCGACGAGAACAAACUAUGUAGUAUCUACGUCGAGAAUUUAAGAACCUCCACAAGUUCCGCUGAAACCUUUUCGGCGUCAUAUUUAAGAAGAAAAGAUCCAUUCCCCACACCGCCCUCGAUUUUGAUUGCCGGGGAAGGAAUCCAUGUGGAUUUGUAGUGCCAGAACAAUCUACACAGUCAAAUGUUGCUGACGGGGGGCAGAAAGGCACAAAACAGGAGGGUUUUUUCUUAUGGCAGCAGCCAUGUGAAGAGAUUUUCGGGAAAGGUCUUUUUGAGGUUUGUUUUUUUCAUGGUGGGCACUGGGCUGGCUGAGUUGGGACUUCGGAGUCGUUGGUGCGCGCGUUUUUUGUACAUGUUUCUGGGACGCGCCAAUAUUUAAGAUCGAGAGGGAGGGCGGUGCUGUCAUUUGCUGUCAUUUUAGUUUGGGGGGAAGGAUUCAUUCCCAAAUUUAUUAGUCCAUUGUAUCCACUUUAGGAAUUCGUUGUGCAGAUUCAAAAGAUUAUAUAAAAGGAAAAAAGGCGGACGAAGUCAGUGAAUUUAGAUUAAUGGAGUCUUCUGCGGUGUUCUCGUGAUGUUCUCAAAUUGACGCGGAUGGGUGUGGAUGGGUAAUGGUUAACCCGCAAAAAUAAUUUUCCAACUAAUCAUUAAAAAAUGUUGACUAACAUUUAUAAUAAGUUUAUAGCACAUUA